GGCGCGGCCUGCCGGGGCCUGUGGGAUGGAGGCGGCGGGCGGCAUCGUCCUGCACGACUUCAGCGGUCGGCUGGGCGAGCAGCGGGUGCACUUCCACGCCAUGCGGCUGCGGGACUCGCUCUUCCUCUGGGUGGGCGCCGCGCCCGCCCUGGCCAGCCUGGCCGUGGCCAUGUGCAGCCCCCGGGACGGCGUGCCCGUGUCCACGUCGCUGCUCGGGGACCCCUCGGACACCGCCUCCGCCUGCCUGGCGCAGCGCCUGGCCAGGAAGACCAAAAAACAGAUAUUUGUCAGCUACAAUCUUCAAAACACGGACAGCAAUUUCACCUUACUCAUAGAAAACAGGAUCAAAGAAGAAAUGAUGGCGUUUCCCGAGAAGUUCUGACUUUCCAUCAUUGUAAAAGAAUUUAAGGUUUUGUUUCAGAAAAAGUGAGUGCACUUUUCACACUGACAUUUAGUAUACUUACUUUGUGUUGCUCUGAUUGAAUUUGCAUUUGUUAUUAAAUGUAGCUGGACCUAAGUACAACUGAAGCUGGAAUUCUCUUUUUCCAAACUUACUACUCUGUUAAAUGGAACAGAAGCAUGCUGCCACGCAGUAACAUCAUCAUAGAAGCGCGUGCAGCGUCUGGCCUUCAUGCAGUGAAAUCAGUGGGAAAUCAGUGCCAAAUCCCAGCAGUAGGACUGAUUUACCACAUAUUAGUAUUGAACACAGUACAGCAGCUUUUACUCGUUCAGAUGAAAACCUAUAAGGGUACCACAGAGCAUUGUCUUUUUGUUUCAGAGGAGAACAAUGCUAUUAGUAGGAAUGCUGAGUAUUAGAAAUGGAACCAUGUGGUUUUUGUAUUGAACAGCUAUAACAUAAAAUGAUCAUUACCUUGC